ACAUAACACACCAAAGCAAACCAAACACAACAACAAAAAUUGCUCUGCUCUGCUCGUACCCUCGUACCUAACCGAACCACACCACAACGGCACAACAACAACCUACCAGACCAGCACCAGCCAGACAGUCAGCCAGCCGUCGUCGUCGUUCGUUUCGCUUUCAUAUUCGUUCGUAGUAUAUCGCAAAACUUCUUCCGUUUCUGACGUUGAAUCGCUACUCGCUGCGCUAUAAAAUUUUGCAAAAUUUUCAUCAUCAUCAUUUCGUGCGUGGAAUAGAAUAAUUUCAACAAUCAAAAGAAAACUACAAUUAAUUUUACUAUUUAAUCAAUUAAACAAACAAAAAGAAAAAUGGACCGGAAGUCCACAUCACUGAGUAUCUCAAUUGAACAUUGAAGUCUGAAGUGUGUUUCUUACUAAAAUAACAGUGAAAAAAACCCUACCCUAAUGAAAAUGGUGUCAGAAACCCGGAAACAAGUGAAAUUAAAAGAAACACAAAAUUUAAAAUUUUGUUAAAUGAAUAAUUCCAAAAAAAGUUGACAGAAAAGAAGAAAUCUCAAAUAAUAAAAAGAAACAGGAAAAAUAAUACAGGUAUUCCGCAUCCGUCUUCGUCGUCGUCGUCUCCGUGUUCCGUCAAAGGAUUUUCUUUUUAUCUCCUUCCGCUCCGAUCGAGCUAAGAGUUUUGUUUUCUUCUUCUUUUUUCAUGUGCGGUAAAAGAGUGCGUGUGUGGAGUGUGUAACCCCAACAAAAUUUUGUUUCUUCAUAUUCUUGCAUUCAACGAAAAUUGUAUGAAAAAGAAACAAAAUCCAAAUCCCAUUUUUGUGUCCAUGUCUAUCUAUCUCUGUUGUUUGCUUGCGCAAAGCAUUGGAAUUAAAUUUUGAAAACAAAAAGGUUCGUCUCUGUCUUAUCUAUCAAAAUGCAUUUGAAAAAGAAACGCCAUAUAUCGGAUGAAAGAGACGACUCCAAUAGUUAUGGAUUCAACAUGGCCGACGAUACACGCAAAGUACGAAUUGAGGAGCAAUUAAGAGUGAAAAUUGGAGAAGCAAAAAAUCUAAGCAGCCGGAAUAAUGGAGCUAGCAGCAGUUGUAGUGCGUCCGGUACACGAGACGUCUAUUGUACGGUAGCCCUUGACCAAGAAGAAAUAUGCCGGACACCAACUAUCGAACGGACGUUGAGUCCAUUCUUUGGCGAAGAGUAUUAUUUCAAAAUUCCACGACGAUUCCGAUAUCUGUCGGUGUACGUGUGGGAUCGAGAUCGCCAUUUGAAGCAAGACAAACCAAUCGGAAAGAUCGCAAUCCGCCGUGAAGAACUGCACAUGUACAAUCACAAAGAUCAUUGGUUUUCUCUGCGGCCAGUUGAUGCUGAUUCAGAGGUGCAAGGAAUGGCGAGGGUGGAAAUUCAAUUUGAGGACACAACUUACGAUCAUAUUGAUCUGAGUAGUGGUGGGAGUAGUGUUGGAGGAGGUGGUGGAAAUGACUAUAAGGAGAACAACGAUUUGCAUGGGCGCGACAGUCAGAGAUCGAGUGUGAAAUCUAGAUCGAGCUAUUUCAGUGGACGCGGCCGAGUGGCGGUAAGAGUACACGAGUGUGUGGAACUGGCCAAGAAGAAUGGUGCUUGUGAUCCGUAUGUUGUGUUUACAGCAGUCUAUUCGAAUAAACGACAAAUCAUUAAACGAACAAAAGCCCGCAAGAAAACAGUUAAUCCACAAUUUGACGAAAUAAUGCAUUUUGACCUGACAAUCGACUAUGAUUCCAAACACGAAUCUUCGAAUAAAGCCUACACAAUCUAUCCCCUGGGAGGGGCAGAUCUCUGUGAGAUCUGUGUGACUCUGUGGCAUGACGCACCUGGGAUAAGUGAGAAGGUUUUUCUGGGUGAGGUGCGAAUACCACUGCGCAACAAACAACAACAGGUGUCGGUGCAACCUAACGCCUGGUACUAUCUGCAGCCGCGAGCGACCCAGUCCAGACCGACGCGGACGUGUGCAACUCCGCCAGGGACUCGCCUCAGCUGUGAUAACUCUAUAGGAUCUCUGCGCCUCAAUCUAGUUUACACCUACGAUCAUGUGUUCCCCCUAGCCACCUAUGAUGGUCUGAUGAAUCUACUGCUGGAGAGUGUCGAUCAACGGCCCAUCACCACCAGUGCUGUUUCGAUUUUGGGCGAAGUGGUUACCUGCAAAACAGACGUCGCUGAACCUUUGGUUCGAUUGUUCACCUACACCGGGCAGAUUGCAGCGAUUAUAAAAACACUUGCCGAUCAUGAGAUAUCAAAUCUGACAGAUCCAACGACGAUUUUUCGGGGGAACACACUCGUAUCGAAGAUGAUGGACGAGGCUAUGCGUUUGUCUGGGCUACAUUACUUACACAACACCCUGCGUCCUGUGCUCGAGCAGAUACUGCAAGAGAAGAAGCCAUGCGAAAUCGAUCCGGCGAAGGUGAAGGACAAGAGUGCAGUUGAUUAUAAUCUGAUCAAUUUGCAAGAAUAUGUCGAACGAGUGUUCGAUGCAAUCACAAAGAGUGCGGUUAAAUGUCCAGCAGUAUUGUGUCAGAUAUUUCACGAUCUCAGAGAAUGUGCAGCGAAACAUUUCCCUUACAAUCGUGAGGUUCGCUAUUCGGUGGUGUCGGGUUUCAUUUUCUUGCGAUUCUUUGCCGCUGCGAUACUUGGACCAAAGCUAUUUGAUCUCACCACAGAGCCAGUGGAUUUUCAAACAAGUCGAACACUCACACUCAUAUCAAAAACCAUUCAAUCCCUUGGUAAUUUAGUGAGUUCAAGAUCAUCGCACAAACCAUGCAAAGAAGAAUACACUGGACAGUUGUAUAAGAAAUUCUGCACAGAAAAACACGUUGAGGCUGUUAAGCAUUUUCUAGAAGUUAUAUCUACUGUUGGAAGUACAACUGCAGGUGCAGGACAAACUAUUCUCGAGCCAGUAUUACUCAAAGAAGGAAUGAUGACAAAACAUCCUCAAGGACGAAAGCGUUUCGGUCGACGUAUACUUAAAAAUCGUUACUUUAAAUUAACAACACAUUCGCUUAGCUAUGCUAAAUCGAAAGGAAAGCCACCCAUCUGUGAUAUUCCAUUGUCUGAAAUUCUGGGAGUUGAACCAUUAACAGAGCGAAGCUUCAAAAUGCAAAACAGUUUUCAGAUUAUUCGCAAGGAUCGUUCGUUAUACGUACAAACGACAAAUUGCGUUGAAGAAAAAGAAUGGAUUGAUCUGCUAAGCAAAAUCUGCCACACAAACUCGAAACGUUUGCAAAACUUCCAUCCGUGUGCUUAUGUGAAUGGCAUUUGGAGUUGUUGCUCGCGUCGUGAUGAGAAUGCCGAAGGUUGCACAAAAGUAUCCAGUGAACCAUUCCAAAUGGAGUUGGCGACAGCCUUGGACCCUGCAAGAGACCUCCAGCGGAUACAAACUCUCAUAACCACUCACAUGACCCAUCUAAAGGCCCGCAUGGAACCAACAAUAAACAAUCACACAAACAAUCCCCCAACCGAGGAGGAAUACAAAAGCACCCGAAAUACAAUUCAUCAACUGCUCGAGAUCGCAUGCAGUCUUGAUGUUGUACAUCGAAACUACAGACAAGGAAUCGCUCGUGAACUCAAGUUGGGCAGUCGAAUGGCGCCCAUUGGAGAUGACAAUUAUUUACAUAUGAUGCGUGGUGCGUCUUUGCAGCAAAUGCAACCAACAGACAGCAGUUAUCAUCGGUCUUUGGUUCUGCUAUGUAAUCGCUAAGAAAAUCGCAGGAUGAAAAAGGUCUAACCUUAGUUGUAGUUUAAAUUUAAGAGUAAAACAAUAUAUAAGAGAAAAAUAGACCAACAUCAAAUUUGAGGGAAAAAACACAGAGAGGGAGAGAGUGAACUAAAUUCUAAACUAUUUUAUAAGAAGAAGGCAAAUCUCACCCUUUUUAUUGGGUGAGUAAGGCUGGUUUAGGCGGCCAGCGGCGUGUUUAGCUUUAAGUAUUUAUUAUUAUUUUUUAAUUUCAUUAUUAUUUUAUUUUUUCUUCUCUUCUUUUUUUUCUCAAUACUUUGUAUGUCGUCAAGUUUAGAGUGAAAGUUUUGCUAGCUUCGUGUUUAUUUUUUUUUAGCAUUCUAAAGUAGGUGUUGAAGAAUUCUUUGAGACUUUAAAAAGCUUUUAAAUCUUAUCAAAUUUUAUACAUUUUAGUACUAAAGAUGAAAAUAGCCAUUUUCUAUUUUUUAAAGAGCAAACAUCGCACCAGCAGUUUUAUUUUUACUCUAAGUUGACGAUGUACUAUCUUCGCUGUUCUUCCGUUUAAAUACAAACAAAAUAUAAGAGAUGAAAUAAGUUUUAGAGUCUCUUAGCUUUUCAAUCCAAAAUGCAUUCCAUUGUAAUUUAUAAUUUUUUGAAUUUUGUUUCUUCUUCUACAUUGUGCUUCCUUUCAGUUUUAUUUUUAUUUGCGCUCAUCACUUUCAUCAAUUUCAAAAAAUCAAGAAAAACCAAUUCUAUGUAGCAUUUUUUUUAACUUGCAAUUGUAAAUACUAUUUUUAAGGGCAAGUUAUUGAUAGAUUUACACCCAAAAUCAGAACUUCGAGAUAGGAAUUCUAUCUCACAUAAAUAAGCGAAGAGUUUUUUUUAGGAAUAUUGUUAAAAAAUCGCACAAUUUAUGUCGGCCUUGAGCCAUUUGCUGUAUUUUAAAGUAGAAUAACCAUUUUCUUAAUGCUUAAAAGUACCUGUCAUGUAACAUCAUUUCAAAAUCGCAUCAAAUUUAGAUUCUUUCUAAAAAAAAAAGUAGUUUAGACAAAUUUUAGAGAACCCACAAAAUUAAAUGCAAACCCAGUGAAAUUGUAUAUAAAUUAUCAAAAAAAAGCAAUCGAUUGGUAUUUAAAUAUGACUGAGACUUUUAUUUCGAUGUUGACAAGGUUCUUAGUAAAAAUAACUUUGAAGAAAAUACAUUUUAUGAAAAGAAAACCACUCUCAUUGGCUUAGGCAAAUAUAGACCUCUAUUUAGUGAGUAGUUCUGGAUGUAGGAGGUUCAUUGGUCGGCGAAGUUUUUCUCCUGGCAAACAAAUUGCAAAUUUUUCAAAGGGUUUUCAUGGCCUUAAUUCAAAUCCGACUCUGGAAUCACUCGGAUCACGUCAGGUUUUUGAGAUUUUCACAUCGUAAUCGAAAGCUUUAACGAAUCCCGUUAAAUAUAAUUUUUACCGAACAAUUGUAUACAAUGACGAUCGUUUUUGGUGAUUGUUUGAGAUUCGUAUAAUUUUCCCAUUAAAAUGAAACUUUUGAUCGGGCUUAUUACUUUUUUCAAAUUCUAGAAAAAUAUAGAGAAAUAUGCAAUGGUUUUUGAGGCUAUCUAAAUUUAUGAAAUAGUUUUUUAUUCAUUUUUCAUCGGUUUCUUCAGUAUUAAAGUUGAAACGCUUACAGACAUUUUUCGAAAAAUCUUAACAAGUUCUUAGAUCUCAUCUUUACAUAGAUCUUAAAAAACGCUCAGCCAUUUAGUCUAAAAGGGAUAACAGAGAGAGGCAACACAGUUUGAGCGUAAUUUUUGUUUUGUAACGAAUCCGUUGGCUACCAUAUCAAGUUUUUGAAAAAAUCGUUAAAAAAAUAUAAACAUGUUGUUGAAAACGUGUAUUUUACUAACAAUUGAACACAAAACUUUUUUUCAAAGCCAUGUGGGACCUAUUGUGAAUCUCUCUGCAAUUUUGUUUUCCCUCGGAAUUGUAUGUUGCCGUGGAAUUGUUUUCCUUAAUAGUUAACUUCCUGGAGAUGAGUUUUCCGUGAAUGCAAUAACAGUUUGAUUUUCGUAAACAUUUGUUUCCUAUAGACAAUAAUUCUGAAAAAAGGUAGAAGCAGCCCUUGCUGUACAAUGCAAUUAGCGCUGAAAAGCGUCGUUUAGAUAAUUCCGAGGGAAACUUUAAAGAAUCAUUUACGAUCUAAAGGAAAUUUUUAACCACAAUAUUUUUUUUAAUUCAAUUUUUCUGAAUAUUGUCAAAAAAAUGAAAAUGUCAAAAUAAAACUUGUAAUUUUCAAAAACAAAAUGACUUAAGAUUUUUCAAAAAGACAAAGACUUAUUGUUAAGAAAUAAGUUGUGUUUUAUGAUAGCCUUAAAAACGCCAUUUUUGAUUUUGUCUAACCUUUUUAAAGAGGCGUAUUUUAAAAACCUGAUGUUGUAGAUAAACUAGAAAGUGAGAUUCGAAUUCGGAACAACUUAAUCCUUAAAAAGAAAACGUAUGUGGGAUAAAAAAUCAAACUUUAUUAUGCCGACCAGUGUACAAAGUUCAAUGAAUUGAAUUCUUCCGUUUCCUCCUACAGAAGCUCAUUUCAUGAUUUUAAAUGUCUCCUGUUUAGCCCAGUUCAGAUGCGACAAAGAAUUUUAAAUCCUCUUCAUUCUGACCUGCAUUGUUUGAAAAAGUAGAUUAGAACUUCCUAAAUCUUCAAUUUUUAAUUUAUUCAAUUUUAUAAGAACGUUUUUAAGAAAGCAGAGCCAUGCAAAAAAAAUAGAAUGAAUCUCCUUAAAAAGUUAACUUCUUCUGUUCUGAAAGAAGUUCUACUGCAUUCAAACAACCCUUUUAAAAAAUCACAAAUCGCAAAUGGUAGAGUCUCAAUUUCCAUAUAAAGUUUUUUUUUUUUUGUCAACAUUUGAGGUAUCGUCGCUGUUCUAUUACAACCCUCUAGUUCCAUAUUUUGUGUUUUGAGAUAUCUGCAUUCAAAGAAGUUUAAAAUCAAUAUCAGAUUUCGAAAAUUUUAAUGCUUAUCAGUUAAACAAUAGAAGAACAUAGAGCUUAGGGAGUUUUGACAGAAUAUGAAUUUUUGUCAUUUGCAUAAACUUGGCGUAUUUAUCUCAUUUUUGUCAAAAAUUGUCUUAGGGAGUUUCCAUAGUACGACGACAACGAUGUGUUUAUCUUAAUUCACUGCAACUUUUAAGUUUUUGAUUUUAAACCAAUCUUCAACGACUGCAGUAUGCAUUUUUUUCUUUAUCUUAGAAAAUUGUGUAUUUCUACCCCCGCCAUCAAUUCAACGAGAAAAAUCUAUCUAUCUUAGAAAACUU